CCAGGAUUUAAGAUCGAGUUAGCCUAGAUGUGGCCCAGCAGGGUACAGAAGGGGAAAGGCUGCAGAAAACGGGCGUAUUUUCGUGCAAAGAGGUUUUUGCGCCAUUUAUUUAUGGUUUUCACCGUCGUAUGAGAGGACUAUUAAUGAUAGGCUGUAUUUGCUGACAGCCUACGUUGGGCUCCCCCAUGCGUUGUGCCGAAACCACCUCUUUCUUUCCUGCCUUCCUCCGCCUGGGCCAGGGAGCCCAGAGCUGCGGUUCGCAGGCCUGGUAGGCAGCCGGCGGCCGGAAGUCUAUCCCGCAGAAGCGCAGCCAUUCACGGCCUCACGCAAUGCGACACUUCCGCCUGCACGAGUUCUUCCGGGGCGGAGGUCACCAUGGCAGCUGCCUUGGCUCGGCUUGGUCUGCGGCCUGUCAAACAGGUUCGGGUUCAAUUCUGUCCCUUCGAGAAAAACGUGGAAUCGACGAGGACCUUCCUGCAGGCGGUGAGCAGUGAGAAGGUCCGCUCCACUAAUCUCAACUGCCCAGUGAUUGCGGACGUGAGGCAUGACGGCUCCGAGCCCUGCGUGGACGUGCUAUUCGGAGACGGGCAUCGCCUGAUUAUGCGCGGCGCUCAUCUCACCGCUCUGGAAAUGCUCACCGCCUUCGCCUCCCACAUCCGGGCCAGGGACGCGGCGGGUAGCGGGGACAAGCCGGGCGCUGAUACUGGUCGCUGACAGCGCCAAAGAGACCAACAAGAUGAUUUUAGCGUGGACUAGGACACCUAACCUAAGAAGAGUUUCACUUAAUCAUUCAAACCACUAUCUGGAGGGCCACGGAGCGCAAAAUAAAGUUUAAAACCCUGCUACCACAA